AGUGUCCUUAGGACGUCGCACUGAUAAACAAUACCGUCGCUGUUUCUUGAUUUUGCGGUCCCCGCUGACUUCUGUAAUAAUUUAUCUGAAUAUGUAACUAUUCACGGUGGCCUCCGCAGAAGUUAAGGCAGCCAUGUUGCUUCCGUCCGACGUAGCUCGGCUUGUUUUAGGCUAUCUCCAAGAAGAGGGGCUGUCUGCCACAAGUCAGGCUUUCAUUCAUGAGAGCCCCAACCUGAAGGAGUAUGCUGAACACACCACUGAGGAUGGAGCUAUUCCUGCUUGUGUAUUUUCUCUCUUUGGAAAGAGCCUGACAACCAUUUUGAAUGAGUAUGUGGCUGCCAAAGCAAAAGCAGAGACCACCCACGAGGUGCCGCCGAUGAUGACCUCACUGUGGAAAAAGCUGGAUAUUACGCUCAACCAGAUCAGAUCUUUGCAGAACUCCCCAGCUUUAUCUUCAUCUCAGCGAGUGCGUUCACGCAUGGGACUGGCAAACGUAAGACGGCAGCGGGCCCUGACUCAGACCCCCACCGGCAGCGUUGUCUGCCCCUCCACGCUGGAGCCGGGGUCCAUCAUCAGCCCUGUCCACACCUCACACAGCAUGCUAGGCCACUCCACUCCUGUGAACUACCCAGCCCUGCAGAGCAGACCUGCCUCCUCCAGCAGCACACACUUGCAGAUCCAAGAGGGCGGCGGGCGUGUAGUGAAUAUGUUCAGAGACUCACCAGUGCAGAUGCUAGUUUCAGAGCAUCGACUUAUCCCAGGCCCAAUGUCUCCAGGACGGCGGAAAUGGGAUAGUCCCAGGAGGAGAGGCGGUGGUCUGACUGGGUCCAGCAGCACCGGGAGAUCCACCAUGACUGUCAGUGGCCUUGCUGCAGAGCCCCCGGGCCCUGAAGAGGUCGUCGAUGAGAACUUCCCUCAACUGGUGAUACAAAAUGCACGUGAAAAAAUAUUGGGUGACCGGUCGUUGCAAGAGAAGCUUGCUGAAAACAUCAACAAAAUCCUUGCGAGUGAUCCAACCCCCCAAACAUCAAAAGCGUCAUGCGGUACAGUGGAACCAGACCAGUCCAUAGAUGAAAUCCUGGGCUUACAGGGUGAAAUCCAUAUGAGUGAUGAUGCCAUCCAUGACAUAUUGGAACAAACAGAAUCUGACCCUGCCUUUCAGGCUCUCUUUGAUCUGUUUGAUUACAAUAAAACAAGAAUCAAUGAGGCAGAACCAGGAGAUGGAGACAUUAGCAGUAGCCCAGAAGAAAGUGAUACCGCUGGGCCUUCAUCUAUUGACAGAGCUCCUCAGAACGAAGACACAGGCAUUAUACAAAGAGAUGCUGCAAGUGUUCCAGAUGCAACGCCAUCAGCAGGGAAGGUACGGACAGGACAAGAGCUGAAGUCCAGGAAAACCAGGAAGUGUGCUGCCCUGAGCCUGUCAAAGAAAACAGUUCUUGGCAGAGGUUCCAGGAUUGAGAACAGCACAGCCAAAUUGUUAGUGGAUCAUGAACAGCAACAGGAUGUCUCCUCAUCUGCAGCAGUGGACUCUAACAGAGUAGAAAAAGGCUCUCUCUUCAGUGACAAUAAUACUGUGGAGGUUAUGGAUGUGGAUGGACCUUUGAAUACUCCACCUCCUCCCUCUGACAGCACAGCCACUUCUGUUGCCCCCACUGAAUCAACCACAAUACACUCAGCAAGCAACCCUGCUGCAACCGAACCCACUUUGGAAUGUAAUGUGGACAAAACACAGGAAGAUACACAAGCACAAGAGGCUGAGGGAAAGACAGAUCCCCAAGCUGAGAUUAAGGAGCAGUCAGCUACAGCUCCUAGUUGUGAGCCUGGGUUUGCCUCACCUGUACCAGAUGAAUUAAACAAAACCCCAACCCUAACACUGACUGCUACCCUGCCUCAAGUGACAGGGUCUGUUCCAAGCAGCGCAGAAGAUGCUCAGCCAGUGGCUACUUCCUCUGUUUCAUCUCUCAAAACUGCCUCAACUACAUCUUCAUCUGUAUCUGCACUAGUAAGCACAAUGGGUAGCAGCCAAAAUAAGGGUGCAGCUGAUCCCAGUAAUGUAGUUUCUUUAAAGAUCAUCAUCAGUGAUAAUCAGGAUGAGGCUCCUCCAAGCAAUUCAGCCUCAAAUUCGGAAGCGUCCACCGUCUCUGGAGAGAAAAUACCCACCAUUUUCCUGUCCUCUCCAGCCAAGCCUCCUGAAGGUCCUGGCGCAUCACAGGCCAACCUGGAUGAGACAGCACAGGCGGUAAACAGCUUGCAAUGCUCUGAGGUCCUUCAGGCUCCAACAACAGAGACAAAUCCUCUCAGUGAGAAGGCUGGCAUGGUGGUCACAUCUCCAUUAGCAGGCACAUCAGAGGCCCAGCCCAGCUACAUAAUCCAGUUACCCUUGGACACCGCUAACUCUGCCCUCCCUGGGGCCACUGCCAGUUACUUCUUAGUGACCAAUCCCCCGACGACAGACCCACAGGCCAGGCAGGUGCUGGUGCCUGCUGCUGGUAUCCCAAAGGGACAACCUUUGCCCACCCCCCAGUAUUCUCCAGUCACACCGCCCCGCGCUCAAGGCUACCCCACUGGUUCAGCACUCAUCUUACAGUCACCUGUUCCAUCCAUGAUGCUUCCUGUAUCCGUUAUGGGACAGAAUACACUGGGGAAGAUCCAGAUGGUGUCCAAUCAGCUUGUUGCCAUUCCAAGCCCAGCACCAGUACAGCAGUCAGAAACUCUAAACCCCCCCACCGUGGCCCUUAAGCAGCCUGCGAUACCAGGAGCCCCUGAACAAAAUUUGGUUAGUAAGGUGGUCCAAUCUGUGCCAGCUGAAAACCCAGGCCAGCAGAAGGUUCAAGCAGGCACAAGUCCCAAUCACAGAAGGAUUCUCUGUUUUGAUUCUUCGAGAGAAGCAACGCCAUCAAAUAGCAGUAAAACAUCUACAGCCACCACACCUCCAACAGCAAACAAACCCGUGCCGCUUUCUGUCCAGCUGAUUGACAAAGAUAAAAUCCAACGUGUUCGUCGAACAAAGCCUGCUAUCCUGGGUGGAAACAAGCCCAAAAGGAGGAUAGAGACUGUGAGGUGCUCUGAUAGUACUCAGACUGGAUUAGUUUUAGUGAAAGAGAAAACCAUGGCUCCGCAACAACACCAGAAAGAAGUAAGAAGAACCCCUCGCAAACAGGAUCAUAAAAUCCAUGACCAAAAACCUCAAAGUGCAAGUCCCAGUACGGCUGACACAUCACAGACUGAGUCUUCAAAGAGUUCAGAAUCCGGAGACAGAUCAAAAUCUCUUGAAAGGAAACACAAAAAUGAUCAUGAGGCAAAAUCUAAGGACACCCACAGUUCUAGGUCAUUGUCCGCUGAUUAUACGUUAAAAUCAGUGAGUAAAAAGGAUAAAGAGGACGGCAGCAGGAAGGAACCCGCUGACAAAGCUCCUGCCAAACCCCGUGAGGGACGCACAGAAAAAAGGACUCCCUCUCAGGAGUUGCCAAAUGUGAUGGCUAACAAGGAGAAUGAAGUAGAGGGGGGCAGGCGGGAGCAGCAGCAGCAGUCAACUCUCUCCCCAGCACCAAGAGACUUCAGCCCACCAGCUGUCUCCCUGCCAACCCCAAACCCCCAGACCAAGUCCACUAAAGCCCCGUCGAAGACCACCUCUCUGGCCAAGCAGGCAGCUGAGAUGCUCCAGGACAUCCAGGGGCUCAAUUCUCCUUCCACCCCAAGCAAAAGACCCGGAAUGGUCUAUUCCCCCGGGUCUGGUCGUAACCCGGAGGAAUCUGUUGAUGGCCCCAGGACUCCAGCCCGACAGAGGCAGGCUAGAGAUGGAGAGGGAACUCCCAAACAUCUGAUGCCUCCCAAUACUCCAGACCUCCCCACCUGCAGCCCAGCCAGUGAAGCUGGCAGUGAAAAUAGCAUAAACAUGGCUGCUCACACUCUCAUGAUCCUGUCACGUGCUGCCAUUGCCAGGACAGGCACUCCACUGAAGGACAGCCUGCGUCAGGAGGGCGCAGAGGAAACGUCUUCUGCAACGUCAAAAAUCUCCAAGAAGCGCAAGCAGUCUACUCCCACUGGCAGCCCACCAUCAAAGAAGGAGUCAAAACGUUCUUCCAACGGCAAAAAGGACAAGAAACAGAAGAUUUUAGAUUGCUUCCCAGAUGACUUGGAUGUGGAUAAGUUCCUCUCUUCACUUCACUACGAUGAGUGAGUUUGAUAACUGGUCAAACCACCGCAAAAGGACUGCUGGGUCACUACCUGCUUAGUCUGCGCUCCAGGAAUAGACAAGCCAUCUGCUAAACCAAUGCCUUUGAUUCCUAUUAGUAACCUUGCCUGAGACCUUAUAAGCUGUAACAUCUCCUUAGGUCAGUGUGAGACUUUAAUUGGCUGCCACUUAGAUGUUUAGCUUUCACUAUCAGAAAUUUUAAUAAAAUAUUAGCUACAGCAGUGGCACAACCACGGGUCAUAGGUGUUUUUUUUAUGUUCUCUUGUGUUAGUUUUUUUUUUUUUUUUUUUUUAUUUAAUACUGUCACAGUUGCAGAACUGACUUAGAGCACUUCCAUGCAGCGGAUGCAGAUUGUACAGAUUUUAAUCUCUCUGACUCAAAGUGUUUCUGUUCAGUAUCUGUUCCCAGUUUGAUGAUUUCAGUUAACAACGUGAUAGACAGUUUGGGAGUUAAGACAUUCUGAUAAAAUGCCUCCACUGUACUUUUAGUUGCACUGAAUAAAAUUCAUUGUCAUCAUGCUCAGAAAAAAGAUGGAUAAUUGAAGUACUAAAAAUACAUAUGUAUAUAUUUUGUAAUCAUUUUUUUUUCCUGAAGUGGUGGAAUGGAACUCAAAAUAAUGCUCAAAUGUGAAUACUCAGGCAUUAUUUGUUGUUUAUUCAACACUGAAUAAAUAAGAAAUGAUAAUA